GCGCUCUGAUUCGGCGGCGGGCGGAAGUGAUGUCACGUGUUGUGGAUUGAGAGGGAGUUUGUAAGCGGGUUCGUCUCUCACAGACUACAAUAAACCACAUAAACCGGUUUUCGUGAUCUGGAUUUCGUGUUUUCAGGUUUUAUGAGACCAGAAGCGAGUGUGUAACUUGAGGAACAUGCCUGAAAUCAAACUCAAGCAUGUCGUGUCAUGCAGCAGUGAGGACAAUACUCACAAAGCAGAUAAUCUCCUGAGCUCUGACACGUAUAGGAAAUGGAAAGCUGCGAGACCUGGAGAGAAGCAAGUUUCAGUCAUUCUUCAGCUGGAAAAGGAAGAGCAAAUUCACAGCAUAGACAUUGGAAAUGAAGGCUCUGCUUUCAUUGAGGUCCUUGUUGGACACUCCACGUCAGUCAAAGACCAAGACUUUCAGGUUCUGCUGGUCACGUCGUCCUUCAUGUCACCCACGGAGAGCCGUAACGGCACGAACACAAACCGCGUGCGUUUCUUCGGGCCGAGCCAGCUGGUGAAGGCCACGGCGCAGGAGAAGUGGGACUGUGUGAAGAUCGUGUGCAGUCAGCCGUACAGCAAGUCAAUAGCGUACGGAGUUGCCUUCAUAAAGCUGCACUCUCCUCCGGACGCUAACGAUGUUCCCGUCUCGACUCCUCCGAAACUCACUAAACUGGGUCAGUUCAGAGUCAAAGACGAGUCGCCCUCCUCUGGCUCCAACAUCCAGCCGGGAAGCCUGUUCUUCAGUAGAGACAGCUCCGCUAAAGCCAGCACAGGACUCAAGGUGUCUCCUCAGAAUGACAGACUGAGUUAUGCCUCUGCUGCUCUGAAAUCUGAAGGUGCGUCCACACAGACGUCUCCCAGCAGCUCACAACAGGCUCCUGUGAAGAGGAAGUUUGAGUUCAGUAAAGAGCGUCUGGAAGCCACCGGUCCGCCGCCCAAAAAGCCCAGUUCAUCAUGUUCUUCUGAACCAAACUCUGCCACACCGAAAUCUAAAGCAAGAACCGGAGCAACUUCAAGUCCUGUCAGCAGCGCUUCUCCAGCCCAGAAGACAUCAGACAAGCGAGAGAGUCCAAAAUCCAAGCCAGAGCCCAAACCAAAACCCAAACCCAAACCUAAAGCCAAGUCUGUAGAGCCUUUCAAUCGCAUCUUGGAGGGAGUGGUGUUUGUCCUAAGCGGCUUCCAGAACCCCUUCCGCGGAGAGCUGAGGGACAAAGCGCUGGCCAUGGGAGCCCGAUACCGGCCCGACUGGACCCCAGACUCCACACACCUCAUCUGUGCUUUCGCCAACACGCCCAAAUACAGUCAGGUGAAAGCAGCCGGAGGCGUCAUCGUCAGGAAGGAGUGGGUGAUGGACUGCCACAAAACAAAGCAGAAGAUUUCAUUCAAACGGUAUCUCAUGAAUGGAGCCGAGUCCAGUUCAGAGAGUGAGGCAGAAGAGGAUGAGAGCGAGGAGGAGACGCAGAAAGCGAAAACACCAGAAAAGAGGCAGACGACCCCAAAAAAGCAGCCGAUUAAGAAAGAGGAGGAGUACGGAGGUUCAACAGAUGCUGAAGAUCCAGCGGAUGACGGGUCUGGCAUGGACACUGAAGAUGAGCUGAACAGGGUGGAAAUGGAGAGCAGGAGGAAGAAAGCAGCGAAGGAAAGUGCAGCGGUUCAGGUGAAAGAUGAAGAUCUGUACGGCGGCUCUACUGAUGAGAACACGGAUGCUGAGGAAGAGGAGGAUAAACCCAUCCCCGAACUACCAGACUUCCUAACAGGAAAACGCUUCUAUCUUUACGGCAAGUUCCCUGACAACCAGAAGAGGCAACUGCAACGCUACAUCAUUGCCUUCAACGGAGCUGUCGAAGACUACAUGAGCGAGAAGGUCCAGUUUGUCGUCACCAGCGAGGGAUGGGACGAAUCGUUUGAGGAUGCCUUGAUGGAAAAUGGCAAUCUGAGCUUUGUGAAACCUACCUGGAUUUUCGCCAUCAAUGACAGGCAGAAGAUGCUACCGUACCAGCCCUACACUGUCGUCCCUUAAGAGCGAGAUUAAGUCGUCUUGCUCUUUGAGAACGCAGCCAUCAAUUCCCAGCCUUGACCUGAGGAGACCAUAGCCGUCGUAGAGGAAUAGUUCGACCUAUAAAUUAAGAGUCGCUCAUCAUUUACUCGCCCUCAUGUCAUUCCAAACCCGUAUGAAUUUCUCUUUUUUUUGUUUUUGCCAUCUUUUGUGAUCCACAGAAGAGCAUCAUACAGGUUUAGAGGGGCGUGUGAAUGAGUAAUUUAUGUAUUUUCAUGUCUGGUGUUGAAAUUUAUUGGCCUGUAUCUGUCACAAGUCUUUGUUUUGAUGUUUGCGAAACUAAUGUCAGAUACCAACCCACCAACCCAGAGAUAAAAGACUGAUCCAUAUUCAUGACCCGCUUUACCAACAAUCCAAAAGCUGUUUAUGAAGCUGUUAAAUAUUAAUUACUAAAGACCUGAACCUGAGGUCUCUUUUGGAUCUGACUUAUGUAAAACAUACUCAUUUAAUAUGCGUUUACAUAUAUGGUCAAUUAUAGAUUAGCUGAUCCAUAUUUACAUUUGUUGCCCUCAUCGCUUUGCUCAAGACCGAAGCAUUUUAACAUCUGUAGGUGUGGCCUACAGAAUAUUACAAUAAUAUUGCUUUGGUUUUGAGCUUUUUGAAUAUUCAAAGAACCAUAUUUAAGAAAAAGUUACUGCUGUAAAAACAUCGAUUAGGUAUAUUUGUAGAA